CCUUCCUUUCUUUUUUCUCUGUGGUUGUGGAGCGAAAAUGCUAAAAUGGCCGAAUUUUGGGCUAGUGUUUUAAUUUCUAAAUACUAACUCUUGUAUCACGUCGUUAUCGCUUUGUGUUUACGGAUUAACAAGUUUCAAACUUAACUUCGUGCUAUCUACGAAUGCUAUAAUAACUAGGCUCAGUAAGACUACUACUUUCACCAUGAGUGAAACUGCCAACAAUGAAGGAACCUCUGCGGAGAGUGAAAAGCCGGUUCAAGACUCGACCGAUAAUGUUGUAUUCCCGCCUUUCCCUGAUCCAACUGAAGAAGAAUUUGAAGAGGAUAUCUCUGAUGCGGAAAGAACUCAUUAUAGGACGAAGUUUUCUGAUUUGAAUGUUAUAAAAUCUAUGCGAUUACAUUGUUCUGCUUGUGAUCGCCAUUUGGGAAGUUCCACUCGCAAUGAGACUCGUAUGCGCGCUCAUCCUAUGCUACGUACAUUAGUGUGCCACACAUGCCAUACUUUUUAUAAUAGCGGUGAAUUUGAAAAGGGAGAUGAUGGCUCAGAACUUUAUUGUCGAUGGUGUGGGCAGGGUGGGCAAGUGUAUUGUUGUUCAGAUUGCCCUCAUGUAUUUUGUGCGAAAUGCAUUAAACGCAACCUUGGUGUUGCAAAAAUUAAAGAAAUAGAAAAUACUGAUGACUGGAAAUGUUUUAAAUGUAAUUCAAGAUGCCUUUGGGACCUUCGUGCUGUGUGUUGGGCACUUCUGCGCUAUUGUGACUUGAAGAACAAGAUAACUUAUAAAACAGAAGAUCCACUACUGAAAGAAAAAUAUCAAAAAGAUUGUGCUACUGAUCAUUCCGAUUGCUGUAAACAUAAAUCAAAUAGAAGGAAAGAAAAAUCUGAAUCAGCAAAGAAAAGAGACGAAAUUAAAAAGGAAAAUGAAACAAAAAAAGCUAUAUCAAAAAUUCCUUCUACUAUUCAGGUAAAAAAAUUUGCAUCUAUCAAUCUUGAAGAACAACCAAAAGAAAAAAAAGGUCAAAAAAGACCUGCAACUCAAGAAAAGGGUUUACUUAUCAUCAAAAACCCAAUAGCAAUAGCUCCGUGUUCAAAAAAUAUGAGCCCCACUAUUUGUGGACCUCAACCGAAAAAACCAAGGAUGCCUGUAGUGGUAAAUCCUGUUAGAUUUGCACAAGAUAGGAAAGCAGUAGCAGCUACAUAUACAAGAAUAAGGCCAAAAUCUGUAAUGCCAGUACCAUUGCCACCUCUAGUACCAACAAAUUAUAAUGGAUAUAAUAAUAUUAAUAACUCGUUUAUUAACAACACCUACCACACUCCAUAUAACAUGGUGGCUUCCGAUAAUAUUAAUUUAUCUUUGGAAAGUUUAACACAGGGACUUGAUAUGGCUGUGGCAACUAUGACUACAAGUCAAGAUGAUGAUGUCGUGUGCACUCCUGAUUUUCCAUUGGAGCCUUUAUGUGAGGUGACGGAAGAUAACACGGACGAUGAUGUGCAGUGUAUUACUCCAGGUCCUGUGGCUGCUCCAAAGGUUAGCACUCCGACCCUACACCGUUCAGAUAAUUCAUCGGAACUGGUCACUGAUAACAUCAUACAAAUGACCGACAAUGAUGUCACUGUCAAUGCUUUGACUGGAGGUUUAAAGUUCAGAGUCGACCCUCAAACAUUAUCAUCGAACAAAAUGUACCGAUUACCAGACGGUCGCAUAUUUGCUAUUAAAGCGAACCCAAAUAUGCCAGGUGGAUAUUCUGCUACUAUAGUGGCUCUUGCAGAAACUGGGCAAGGAAAAAAUGUUGCUCCUAAAGGCGCCACAUACUCGGCAAAACUUAGUGCAGUCUCAACACCAUCAAAACCGAAUCGCGCCAAUCAAAAUGUGAGAUCAAAUACUAAAAGGAGUACACCAAAAGCCACUAAAGCAAAUCGAGCAAAUGAUACUUCAUCAAGAGAAUGUGAUUUGCAGGUUCCUGUAGAGUGGUAUAGAUAUAAUUUACUAGACGCAAUUGACGCUAUGGAAUAUUCUUUAGCGCGACUAAAUAAACUAAAAAAUGAAGCUACUUCAGUUUACUUACGAACUCGAACUGUUGAUGAAAUGAGAAACAUGCACAGGUCUUUAGAACGAUUACUGAACACAUCGUCAACUAGAUUUUCAGAAAUUAAAGAAAACUUGAAUAAGGAAUUAAAACAAUAUAUCAUGAAAAAAUAUGGAGAAAACAACAGUGAAGAUGAUGAUGAUGUUGAAAUUUUGAUGCCUGAAGAUAAUGAUGAUCCCAUAUUUAUUGACGAAAAUUCCAUGGAAUCUACAAAUGAAAUCAAUUGUACUCAGAAUCAAGAAGUUGAUCUCACAGGUGUCGGUAGUAGUGAUCAUAAUGAUAGUGCAGAAAAUAAAGCUGAUAAUAUCUCAGCAAUAGAAAACAUAUCCCAAAUGUCAGAGGAUAUAGAUGAGAGUGUAAAUAAGUUAGGAAGCUUGGGAAAAGAUUCUCAGAGUGCAGAUGACAUGGGUAGUCCCAAUAAUGAUGGUGACAAAGUGUCCUUGAAUGAUGCUGACACCUCAAUUGGGGGAGAAAACGGGAGUGGGACAAAAGAAGGAGACGACAUUAAAAUGGUUGAAAAAAUUGAGGACCACACUGGAACGACAGAUGAAGGAAGUGCUAUCUCAAGCAAAAUAAGUGAUGCACAGCUUUCUGAAAAUAAUCACAUUACAGCAGAAUCUGAUAACGGAACCAAGGCACAAAUUAAUGGUAACACUGAAAAGACCGAAGAGAAAAGUGAUAAUAGUGUUGUUAAGGAAGAGCUUUUAAAAGACGAUGAGAAGAAAAUUGGUAAAGAUAAUGAUAAUGAGGAAAAAGUAGAUGAUCCUGAAAUGAGUGAAGAAAUGAUAGAAACCCUUUUGAAAGAUGAUAACGUCGAUGAAGGCGACAGUUUGAUAAGCAACAAAGCCAUGGAAGUUACUGAAAGCCUUUAAUAAUUUUUUUUAUUUUUUAUUUCCUGUUAGUUAUAGUUAAUAAGUCGUAAGUUGAAUGUUUUUGUGCUACAAAUAUAAUUAAGG